CACACAGGCGGAACCCAGCCAGCCCCGCAAAACGGAAUGGGAAUCCCCCGCCGAAUAUUCACGCCUCGUUUCUCUUGUCCGUCCCUAUCCAUCCAUCCACUCACUCUUUCCUUCCUUCCUUCCCGUGUAAGAAUAAGAGCAAAAGAUUCGCUUCCCAUACGCGACGGCCCGACCGCGAUUCAUUUCCUUCUUUCCUCUCCGUUUAAUUCCCCCCCCCCCCCCUUCUUCGUCUCGUCUUCCUUCCUUGCGCCCGAAUCAAUCCGUCCCCAGGCGGCCACGAGAAAGAAGAGACACCUCGGUCGAGAUGCAGAUGGCCAUGGAGGAGGAUCCGGCGUCGGACACGCGCCGCCGGUUCCGCGACUACCUGCUGGCACUCGAGGAGGAGCGCCGCAAGAUCCACGUCUUCCAGCGCGAGCUCCCCCUCUGCCUCGACCUUGUCACCCAGACUAUCGAGGGGAUGAAGAGCCAGAUGGACGCCGUCGUCGGCAGCGAGGAGACGGUGAGCGACCACGGGCCCGUGCUUGAGGAGUUCAUCCCGCUCAAGCCAAGCCUGUCGCUGUGCUCCUCCGAGGAGGAGAGCACCCACGCUGUGGCGCCGGUCAACUCCCCCAAGAAAGAUGAAUCGGAGAGAGCGCGGCCACCGACGCCGGAGACCAAGAAGGCCAUGCCGGACUGGCUCCAGUCCGUGCAGCUUUGGAGCCAAGAACCCCAGCAAUCAUGUCCUAACAAGGAGCUGCCAUGCAAGCCCGUGGCGCUGAACGCCACCAAGACCAGGGGAGCGUUCCACCCGUUUGAGAAGGAGAAGCGCGCCGAGCCCGAGCUGCCGGCGUCGUCGACCACGGCCGCGGCGAGCUCCGCGGUGGUCGGAGACAGCUGCGGGGACAAGGCUACCAGCGACACUGAGGUGGCACACGAGAAGAUCAAGGAUACUAACAAGGACAUGGAGAAAGACAGCAAAGAGGGGCAGUCGUCGCAGCAGCAGCAUAACCGCAAGGCCCGGCGGUGCUGGGCGCCGGAGCUCCAUCGCCGGUUCCUCCAAGCCCUGCAGCAGCUGGGCGGGUCUCACGUGGCGACGCCGAAGCAGAUCCGGGAGCUGAUGAAGGUCGACGGCCUCACCAACGACGAAGUCAAGAGCCAUUUGCAGAAAUACCGUUUGCACACGACAAGGCGGCCGAGCUCGACGGUGGCGCAGAGCAACAACGCGGCACAGGCUGCCGCGCCGCAGUUCGUGGUGGUGGGCAGCUGCAUCUGGGUUCCCCCGCAGGAGUACGCCGCAGCCGCGGCACAGCAGCAGGCAAACAACAACAGCCCAGCAGUAGUAUACGCUCCGGUGGCGACGAUGCCUUCGUCGUCGUCAGCCUUGCAUGUACCAUCGAAGAAGAAACAGACGACGAGUCGUGGCAGUAAGCACUCGGAAGACCAGCGAAGCGGCGACGCUAGCUCAUCGUCGGGAUCUCCGGCCGUCUCUUCUUCGUCUCAAACCACCUCUGCGUGAUUAAAGCUCUCAGCUCGCCACCUUUGUGAUCUUAGUUUAGGCGGCGCCCCACGCCCAUCGAUAGGGAGGGACAUGUAUAUCUAGCCACCACACGGUACGAGAACGAGGGGUACGGUGCGUCGAUCUUUGCGGGGAUUAAUUCUUGCAGGUACAGAUUGUAAUUUUGCUUCAUAAGUACGUGAUCCAUUUUGUUACGAGGGCACGCCACUGCGAUGUUAAUGUUGCCUCGUGUACUGGCAUAUUUUUCAUGAUAAAUACUGAUACUGAGCCUCCGGUAUGUACAGACUAACGGGCUAGUUCAUUCGAUGUGGCCCCGAAUCUAUGUGUGCAACUUUAGUAACAAGAAGAAAAUUUCGAAUU